AUGGCCCUUGCCUGCAGUUCUAGACUUGCCGGCAUCGCCAUGUUUGCCCAGGGAGAAGCUGAGCAGAAGCAGUUCUCACGCUUCUCCAGCAGUGUGCGAAGGAGCUUCCAAGUGGCCGAGGCGAACAAGUGCAGCUGGCAGGCACAGAAAGCCAACUUGGUGCUGGAAGAUGGAACCAAGAUGAAGGGCUACUCCUUCGGUCAUCCGUCCUCUACUGCUGGAGAAGUUGUGUUCAACACUGGCCUCGCUGGGUACACAGAAAGUCUGACUGACCCCAGCUACCAUGGACAGAUUCUCACACUGGUUAAUCCCAUCAUAGGCAAUGGUGGUGUCCCCGAUCCGGCGGCUCUGGAUGAAAUGGGCCUCAGGAAAUUCUUGGAAUCAGACGGCAUCAAGGUCCCGGCUCUUUACGGUAUUGAUACCAGGAUGCUGUCUAAAAUAAUCCGAGACAAGGGAACUGUUCUCGGGAAGAUUGAGUUUGAGGGCCAGCCGGUGGAGUUCCUGGAUCCAAACAAGAGAAACUUGGUUGCUGAAGUUUCAACCAAGGACGUCAAAGUAUAUGGGAAAGGGAAUCCAAUAAAAGUCAUAGCCGUGGACUGUGGAUUAAAGCACAAUGCUAUUCGUUUGCUCGUAAAGAGAGGUGCUGAGGUGCACCUGGUCCCUUGGAAUCAUGACUUCACCAAGAUGGACUACGAUGGACUCUUCAUUUCUGGUGGCCCCGGGGAUCCCACCCAAGCAAAAGAGCUCAUCGAGAAUGUCAGAAAGGUUCUAGAGAGCGGCCGCCGAGAGCCUCUGUUUGGAAUCAGUCUGGGGAACCUGGUCAUGGGCCUAGCUGCCGGCGCUUCCUUGUACAAGAUGCCCAUGGCUAACAGAGGACAGAACCAACCAGUUGUGAACACGAUAAAUGGACAGGCUUUCAUUACGGCUCAGAAUCACGGCUACGCGAUUGACAGCCGCUCCCUCCCUCCCGGCUGGAAGCCUCUCUUUGUGAACGCCAACGAUCAGACAAAUGAG